CUUCGUUCAACGUCCAUCCAUCGACCAGCAGCGACAUUGCCAUGUCUCGCAAUCGUAGACAAGCAGCUGGAGUCAGAGGCCCAGCGUCAGCUCUGACAGCCUUUCUAGCCGGUCUGGGGGUGGAGCCAUCUGCACCCCUUACAACUUGGGGCAACUCUUCAGCCAUUCCCACUGGAGAUGACGGGGCUGAAGUAGCGCUUGCCUCAGCCAACGAGGCGCUCGACAUUGCGACCGACGCAGCUGAAGCCGUCGUUGCGGAUGUUGAGACAGCGAUUGCCGGCCCAUCACAUUCACGAUCACCACCUGACCAGGAAUUCGACAUCGAACCUUUGAGAAAGCGAGCCAGACAAGCUUCCAUCGAUUCAGAGGACCUGGACGCCCCCGCGAGUCCUGCUGUCGCUGAAGGGCCGCGAGUUUCAGCUCGACCCCUCAAAGCUGUUGGCGAAUUUAUGGAUUGUGGGGAAUGCACACAACGUUUCACAGUGACUGGUUACACCAAGGAACACCCGAGUUACGCCCAGACCUGGCUCUGCGUCAAGUGUUGCUGGUCCCUUGGCAUCGAUCCUUUCGAAAAAGCCAAAAAGGCCUCCAAACCCAAGGCCGUGCCAAAGAAAGAUGAGCGAAACAAGAUUGUUCACUAUGAGCAACGUAAAGGAGCGGUCCUGCUCAGCGAGAUGUGCAUCGAGCUCAUUGGCAGAUGUAUCGAGGACGUGGAUCAGUUGGGAGAUAUCGGCUCCGUCAACAUGGACAAAGUCUGCCGGAUCAUCUCAAAGAACAGGCAACUCACGCCAGAGACCGCCUCCCUCUUCUACUCCGUGGAGCGGACGGAGCUCACAAUGUACGACUGUACCCGCCUCGUCCACGACUCAUAUCUAGCAUUGGCAACCUUGUGUCCUAGCCUCGAAACCCUCAAACUGGAUCUAUGCGGGCAGAUCACAACCGAAGCGAUGAGCUUCUGGUCCAGGCACCUCAAGCAUCUGCGCCGAUUGGAGCUGUACGGUCCCUUCCUCGUGCGGAAAGAGGGCUGGCAUGACCUCUUCAAGGCCAGGGACAAACAACUCCAAUCAUUCCUUGUCCGGCAAUCGCCUCGCAUUGACUCGGAAAGUAUCAAAAUCAUGGCUCAAUACUGUCCAGACCUCAAAGAGUUGCGCCUUUCGGAGAUUGGGCAGCUGAACGACGAGUGUCUCGACGCGCUAGGAAGUCUUAAAGCUCUCACCUUUCUAGAUCUCUCGAGCUCGGGGAACCCCCUUUCGGUUGCAUCGGUUGAUCAACUCUUGGAGCGGGUCGGCGCGAAUCUUGUACACCUGGAUCUUUCAGACAAUCCGAGUCUGGGCGACGAAACCCUGGAGAGCAUUGCCAAGCAUUGUCCGAAGUUACGACAUCUCCGCCUACGAGGCCUUCAUGAUCUCAGCGAUGACGCGGUGUCUGCCUUUUUCGACACUCUUUCCAGUCAACAUCAUCCCGGAUUCGAGACCAUCGAUCUUGAGAAGGGCGACUCCCUCGAAGGCAAAGCGCUUAGAUCGUUAAUUGCACACUCUGGACGGGCCAUCGAGACUUUGAGCCUGUUGGGAUGGAGACUCGUCGAUGCUGAAUCUGUCAGCGGGCUUCAGAAGUGUUCCAUGCUCAAAUACCUCAAUCUGGGAUGGUGCCGUUCCGUCACAGAUUAUUGCAUCAAGGAUAUCCUCGACUCGUGUACAGAGAUCAGACUCAUCAAAGUCUGGGGAUGUAACCAAUUGACCGAUGCGAUCCCCAGGAAGAAGGGCGUCAGAGUGAUUGGCAUCGAGUCGCAUAGUAUCAGAGCAUAGCUUUGAGAUCAUUCGGAAGGGAUUCAUGAGACUCCAGAGGGAGAGGUCUCGUUCUCGUCUUCGCCAGUCACUUCGCUGGUGACUCGGUUAAGAACAUGCUUGUUGUAUUAUCGGUACAUGUUGUGUAUAUAUGUAUAUAAUGAC